UGUGCAAAUUUGCGAAUGUGUUAAUUAUUAGGAAAAAAGAUUAACUAGUUAUUUCGUACUGUAAUUAUUUUGGUCGAUAAAUUUUGUGAUAAUUUGUUAGAUGUUUAUGUCGUACUUUGUGCUUGUUGGAGAUAAUUGAACUGGAGUCUAGUUAUAGUAACUUGGUGUAGUAGCGGUGCGAGUGUUGUGAUAAAUUUGCUUUAAAACUUUACGAUCUGUUUAGCAAAGGCAGUUUGAAGAGCUUUUGGGCCGUCUCCCUAGGAGAAAUCUUGGAAAAUGAAGAGCAAAAUGUUGCAUUUCCUAAAAUGAGCCCUUCGAAAACUGAUUCCCGGAGAGGAUGUGUGCGUCCGCCGCACUUCGACAUUCUAUGGUUGCCUCGCGCAGCAAUGAGGUCCGUGGAGGGCGAUCCGUCAGACUGCGUCCUCGUCGUGGGGGUUUCCCGACCGAAAAUGGCCUUGGCCAUCUUAACCGUCAUGCUAAUUUCUCUCUUCUUGACAUUUCACUUGAUCUACGACAGCGCCCUCAACAGCCUCCAAACCACCACUCAAGACCACACCAGACCGCCACUUCUUCUGCUGUCGAGGCGGCUCUACCCGGCGGCGGCCCGCAGACUACCACAAGCCAUCAUCAUGGGCGUGAGGAAGUGCGGCACGAGGGCGCUCUUGGAAAUGCUCUAUUUGCAUCCCAUGGUGCAGAAGGCCUCCGGAGAGGUGCACUUCUUCGACAGAGAUGAGAAUUAUAACAAGGGCUUGGAGUGGUACAGGAUGCAGAUGCCGCACUCGUAUUAUGGCCAGAUUACGAUCGAGAAAAGUCCGAGUUAUUUCGUGACGCCUGAAGUACCCGAACGCAUCCGUGCGAUGAACGCCAGCGUAAAGCUCCUGCUAAUAGUCCGUGAGCCCGUGACCAGAGCCAUUUCUGACUACACCCAACUCCGAGCCAACGCUGCAACGGCAUCCCCGGCGCUCCCGACUCCCCCUCCCAAGUCCUUCGAGAGCCUGUCGCUCUUCCCCAACGGCUCCAUCAACGAGGCCUACCGCCCCCUGGCCAUCUCCAUUUACCACAAUUACCUGCACAGGUGGCUGGAAGUGUUCUCGCGCGAGCAGAUCCUGGUGGUCAACGGAGACCUCCUCAUCGAGGACCCCGUGCCGCAGAUCCAGAAGAUCGAACGCUUCCUGGGACUCGAGCCGAGGAUAGGCACGCAUAACUUUUAUUUCAACGAGACCAAGGGGUUUUACUGCCUGCGGAACGAAACGUCCGACAGAUGUCUGAGGGAGACCAAGGGCAGGAAGCAUCCGAGGGUCGAUCCGAACGUCGUUUCCAAGCUGAGGAGGUACUUCGGAGAGCACAAUCAAAAGUUCUACGAGCUGAUCGGGGAGGACCUCGGGUGGCCCGAAGAAUAAUGCGGGUUUUAGUGUUUUGUUGUAUAAAUGAACAUUUCGGAUGAGAUCGAGUCAACUUAAGCGGGCUGCGAAAACUGAGGGAUGAAUCAAGUUUACGUCCUGUUUUAUCAACUUCUGGACUGGUGGCUCAAGCACUAAAAACGUCUUUGUUAAAAUCAGCACUAUGUCUACGAAAUGUCUGUGUUAUUAUUAUAAUAAAAAAAAAACUAAUUUUAACAGUGAAAUUUUACACGACAUUAGUGCAGGCGUCACGCCGACUAAUUUUCGGCUCGGAAUUAUACCUAAAUCUUUGCUUGGAGGACCGCCUAUCCUUAGGGGAAUCGUUUCGGGAAGUAAUUCUUUUAGGCCAUUUUUUGUUCCCGCAGUUUUCCAACCCACUGUAGAAGUUGAUUUGGUCUUACGGAAAAAUGUUUGCUGUAUAUAUAUAUUCCGA